AGCGCGCGACUCACGUUCCAUGGUUCCCAGGUUAUUGAUAACACAAUUUGCCCGCUGGGAUUCGUUCUGAUAACGUGAACUCGUGGAAAGGGACUUUCACGCAAUAAAACGACUGUAAGUCCGGAGAGGAAAAACGACAAUUGUUCUUAAUUAUCGCAUGUAGCAAGCUGAACCCAUCCCGUACUUGACAACGCGACAUCAACCAGGCAGAAAGGCCUCCCCUUCUCCCUCUGUACUCCCAUCCAUCCUUGGCUAUUGUGUUGUGGGACCCCCUGAUGAGUGGGACCUGCCUCCAUGAGCCCCGCGCCCCCUCCCCCUCUCUCUCAGGCUUCAGCACCCCCAUCUCAGAGCCCCCCUUCCGCAGGUUGGAUGCAGACACCCCUGCCUGCACCCCAGAGACCGACCUGACCCCCACCCAGUGUGUCCUCCGCAACGUGUUGUCCAUCGACACCGGUGGGGCACCAGGGGUGCUAGGCGGGGUUGAGGGGUGCCCCCACACCUGCGGCAGCAGCCCCACCCCUAGUGACGGGCCCCCGGCCCACUUUGACAACAGUGUGCUGAAGUUACACGAGCAUGAGGCCUGUCAGUGUGGGGGCGGGGCAGAGGCGGGGCUUAGCUCGGAGGCUGGGGCCGUCCGUAGCCAAUCAGACAACAUCCGGAUGCAGCAAGGAGGUGGAGGGUUUCUGGAGGGGCUGUUUGGCUGCCUGAAACCCGUCUGGACCAUGAUCGGGAAAGCAUACUCCCCCGAACACAAGCAUAACCAGGAAGGUGUGUGGAAAUCCUGGGAGGUUCCAUUUGAAGAGAUCUCGGACCUGCAAUGGGUUGGCAGCGGGGCCCAGGGGGCGGUCUUCUUGGGGAAGUUCCAUGGAGAGGAUGUGGCCGUCAAGAAAGUCCGGGACAUCAAGGAGACGGAGAUCAAGCACCUACGCAAACUCAAGCACCCCAACAUCAUCACCUUCAAGGGUAUCUGCACCCAGGCUCCCUGCUACUGUAUCCUGAUGGAGUACUGUGCCCAGGGCCAGCUGUACGAGGUGCUGAGAGCAGGCAGGAAGAUCACCCCCUCCCUGCUCAUUGACUGGGCCAUGGGCAUCGCCGGGGGCAUGAACUACCUGCACCUCCACAAGAUCAUCCACAGAGACCUCAAGUCCCCCAAUAUGCUGAUUACCCAUGAUGACCUAGUGAAGAUCUCUGACUUCGGCACCUCCAAGGAGCUCAUUGAUAAGAGCAUGAAGAUGUCCUUCGCUGGUACGGUGGCCUGGAUGGCCCCCGAGGUCAUUCGGAAUGAACCCGUAUCGGAGAAGGUGGACAUCUGGUCGUUCGGGGUGGUGCUGUGGGAGAUGCUGACCGGGGAGGUCCCCUAUAAGGAUGUGGACUCCUCUGCCAUCAUCUGGGGGGUGGGCAACAACAGCCUGAACCUCCCUAUCCCCGAGAGCUGCCCAGACGGCUUCAAAAUCCUCCUGAGGCAGUGCUGGAACUGUAAACCCAGAAAUAGACCCUCUUUCCGUCAGAUCCUUCUCCAUCUGGAUAUAGCCUCAGCUGAUGUACUCUCCACCCCACAGGAGACAUACUUCAAGUCUCAGGCUGAGUGGCGGGAGGAGGUGAAGCAGCACUUUGAGAAGAUUAAGUCUGAGGGGACCUGUCUGCACCGACUGGACGAGGAACUGAUCAACCGGCGCAGAGAGGAGCUCAGGCACGCUCUGGACAUCCGGGAGCACUAUGAGAGGAAGCUGGAGAGGACCAACAACCUCUACAUGGAGCUCAACGCUGUCAUGCUGCAGCUGGAGCUCAAAGAGAAAGAGCUGCAGAAGAGAGAGCAGUCUUUAGAUAAGAAGUAUCCAGGACUGUUCAAGCACCACAGCUCCAGACAGACUAGCUCCUCCAACUCCAUGGACAAACUCAUCAAGAAGAGAAAUGUCCCACAGAAACUGCCCUCUGGAAAGAGGCCAGACAUCCUCAAGUCAGAGGUGAUCAUUCCCAAGAUGGAUUCCUCCGUGAUGCAGGUCACUAUCCCCUCCUGCUCCAACAGGGGCUCCACGUCUCCUAGCCGCUCGCGUAGGGUCAAGACCCGCCACCGCAAGCCUGGCAAGGGCAGCAGCGGGGACCUUGCCGGCCUGAAGGCCACUCAACACUCUCCCGAUGGGGAAAACCCUGCCCAGGCCAACAGCUCCAGCACGGGCCCCUCCAAGCAGCUCCAGGAACCCAGCGUGGCCCUGCGGGCCCUGGGCCACGAGCAGCAGCAGAGGCAACUGUCCUCCUCCAGCCCGGACCUCAUCUGCACCACACUGGCGGCUGACGGUCAAGGGAAAGGAGAACCUACCGUUGGGGGGCUUGAGAGGGGCGGCAGCCUGAGCGCCUCCGCGGGCCUAGGGGGGUCCGAGGGGGGCGCAGGGGGUCUGGAUGACCUCACAGAGACCACCCCACGCAGCGACACGCCCAGCGAGGACGCAGCCUCGUUCCCCUUCUCUAGCAGCCCAGACUCGCCAUGUGGAAGGGGGGCAGCCGCCGGGAGGGGGUCUGUGCUGGGCGGCCCACGCCUGCCCAACGAUGGGGACGAUAAGGAAGAGGGAGUGAGUGGUAUGAGGUUACCAAAUCUAGGAGACAGCAUGGGGCAUCAGGCCAUCUCACUCCCAUCAGCUAAGAAGGUCCUGUACAGGGCGGCCAUCCUGAACUCACAGAGGCGUGGCGUGUCUUCAGAGGAGGAGGAGGGGGAGGUUGACAGCGAGGUGGAGUUGCCACGGAGACGACGUCCGACCAGCAUCACCAAGUGCCAGUUGGUGUCUACCUUCAGCUCGGAGAACCUCUCUGUGUCGGAUGGCGAAGAGGGCCACACCACCGACCACUCCCACAGCGGCACGCCGGACGUCGUCAGCACCAACACGGACGACCGUCUGGGCGACCGUAGCGAUGACCUCCUGUCGCAGGGGUCAGAGAUCCCAGCAGACAACACUGACCCGGUGCAGGCCUCUGGCGGGCUGUCUGAGAGGGAGGGAGCCCUGGGCCAGGUCAAAGCCCUGCUGGACGCUUCACAGAAUCCUAAUGAGAGUCGGGCCCUGUGCGACGACUCGGACUGCGACAGCGCUGAGCUCGACCAGUCAGGAAGUGGGGAGCCCAGUCGUCCACCCAGCGCUGGGGCCUGGGCACCUCCAUCAGGGUACCCCUCUGGGCCCCAACAAGGGUCUCCUCAGGGGCACCAGACAGGGCCUCCAUAGAGCCAACACACUGGACACUAUAGAACGACAGCUACCUUACAGUAAACAACCAUCACAGAGCCUACCUACGCCAGUAUCUAAAACAGGACUUCACUGAAUGUGAUGAGUGGUCACAUCAACUGAGCUCAGGCUAUGACAAGUUAACGACCAGUGUCUCGUGCAGCAAUAUGGGUUUGUUAGUUAGCAUAUCUUCAUAAAACAACACAGGCGAUUUGUUAUAAACUGACAGCAGUUGUUAGGACAGCUUGUGAUAUGACUUGUUUAGAUUUCAUUUUAUAGAGUUUAGAUCAAGUGUUAAUACAGGUACCUUUAGACACUGCUCCAGUUCAGCCAAAAAAAAAACUUGCACACCGACAAAACAGACAUGCGCACACACUGUCCCCUUGCCAACUGGUACUUUACCAUCACAGCUCUUGGAGGAGCCUAAUGUCCAAUUCCCAAAUUUCCCCCAUGCAAAUGAAUAAUGUAGAUAUUCACAUAUCACGUUACAAAAAAUAAUAUAUUUUACAUGUAAGAUAACUGAUGUAUAAAAAAAAAUGAAGCAGUAUGCAGCCCAAUUAACAAAUGCAUGACUACACGUUUCUAUUAAGUUUUGGAUGUGUCCGUUUUAUAUUUUGUGAGAAGGUUUACACUUUUUUUACCCUGAAAGUAUUCAUUUCCAUAAGAAUUGUUGUUAAUGAAUUGAGGUUGGCACUUAAAAAGGUUAUAUCAAAGGUGAAUGAACAGCUCAGUAAAAUGUUUGAACCUUCGAUAGGUCCCUCAGCUGGUAGUGUUAAAGUCAUACUUUUAUCUUAACUCUCCUACCACAGAGUUUUGAAUACACAACCCUUUAAGAUCACAGAGAAACUAGCCAGAACAAAGAUAGAAUACUGCUCUCUGGUGGUAGUAGUGGAAUAGUAAGUAUCCUUUGAAUUGCAAGAGGUUUUUGUUUUUAAUACAGCAUUGCACAUUGUACUGUAACAUAGGAAUUAUAUCAAAAUAUGAGCAAGAAAAUAAAUACUGUAUUGGUAAAUCUUCUGAG